AUGCUCGGUGCCACGUCAGCCAUUUACAAGUCGCAGGGCCUACCUGGUUUCUUUCGAGGGGUGGUGCCGCGUGUGCUGAAGCGGUCAAUGCAGCAAGCACUCACAUGGACUCUCUUUGAACGCCUUUCAUCCGUUCUAUCUGUACCGAGAAUCGCUAAGGGCGAGGUACGACCUUCCAGAGAAGCCCUGCGGCGAUUUCUGGAUGCACUGGUGCUGUGCGCUCUGUGCCAUUUCCCAGGAAUAUCGAGAGCUCACCAACCGAGGCUGGGACCUCUCUGUUGGCUGCACUGCUGCUGUGCGAUUUCUGGAUGCACUGCUGCUGUGCGAUUUCUGGAUGCACUGGUGCUGUGUGCUCUGUGCCAUUUCCCAGGAGUAUCGAGAGCUCACCAGGCGUGGCUGGGAACUGUCUAUCGAGAGCUGAGAGUUGACCUCUACCAUCUCCCAGGUUUAUCGCGAGCUCAAGAGCUGGGGCUGGGACCUGUCCUUGGCGGGAGAAAGUCACGGAGCGCGAUGAAGGUUAGAGGUGGCGCUAGUCCAUGCGAGCAGUUGGAGGAGGAACUAGAGGAGGAGGGACUGGAGGGUGAGCAAGGGGACGAGGAGGAGGAGGAACAGGUGGAGGAGGGGGAGCCGUCAAUUCUCACCCCUCCGCGUGCAAAGCGAUCGAAACGCGGAGCGCCCGUGGUCACGGCGCGGCGAGCCCUCGACAGCCAGCCCGAGGCGGAGAUUCGUUACGGAGACCUAAACGCCUUACCCGCCGACGUGUUGCGGCGCGUCGCGAAGGCGGUGGUGGAGCGAGACGGGUGCUGCUGCUGCUCGUGGUCGCUCGUGUCGUGUGCCAUCGCCAUGCCGUGCUUUCGGCGCGCUCUGUCGGGCGACGUGCCUCUCGUGUUCUACGAAGCAUGCCCAUGCUCAAUCCGUCCCAAAUCCCUCGCACAACAAAUUCGCAGCUUCACUUGGCUGACCAAACAGGUCUCCCGUCCUUCCCACCUCCUCUUCUCUCUCGAUACCCCUCCUCCCCGGCUCUUCUCCUCCCUAUUACGCUCCUCCCUUUUCCCGUACCUCUCCUCCCUCACUUCACUCGAUCUCGACUUCUCCCGUCGCCUCUCCUGCCCUCCGCGCCUUCUCUACUCCCUCGCGCAAGCUCCGCGCCUCGAGACGCUCUCGCUUUUUCAUGGCGUCAUGCGGGCAGACGGCGAGCAUGGGCUGGCGCGGCGCAGCAGCAAUGACGCAGUGCUAGUAGCGGAGAUGUGGGAGAUGAUUUCGAUCAUGGAGGAAUAUCAGCUGGAUAAUGGCACGGAAAGGCCAUUUCCGGGGCUGUCUCGCCUGGAGCUCUCUCUUCCCGCCUGUUCGCCGCUCGUCCUUCGCUUCGUCUCCUGCGUCGCUCCCCAGCUUCGCAGACUCGACCUAAUCUCCACAGCAAGUCACUUUGAGGUUAAGGAGGGGGAAGAGGGCGCUGAAAACGGUGCAGGGAACGUGGUCGGGCGGAGGGGGCAGGAGAACGACAAUGGCGGAAGGAACACCUACGCUUUACACCUCUCGCUGGCCACCAAGAUCACGUUUAACAAAAUCAACUGCUCCCUUUCGCUGUCCGCCCCUCGUCUCUCUGCCCUCAGCGUCACCUGCCAGAACCACCGCUCCCGUCUGCUCCUGCUCCCCACCUGCCCCGCGCACCUGACAUCCCUUGUUCUUUGCACAUGGCCCCUGCGCGACUGGCCCCACCCCUGGGCAGAGGAGGGUCAAGAAGGGGCAUUUCACGCGCCGCACCUCACCUCUGUUGACUCCCUUUGCUACAAAAUGCAGCCAGAGCAGGUUUCGUGCUUCCCGUCUGGCGUGAUAGGGACUGUGAAGUCGAUGGAGUGGGAUUUUAGUUUCGUUUCGCAGCCGUUGGACCUGCGUGGUUGGGAGAGCUUGCGGUGUUUCUAUGCUGGAGGCUGGGCACCUCUGACAGUGCUUCGCUCCGAUGUGCUCUGGCCUUGCGGCAUUGAGGGGCUGUUUUUCACCGAGAUUGGAAGCGAUUUGGUGGAAAUAUUUGAGAGCUGCCGUUGGUUGGAAAUUCUCGGCGUCGUAGCGAUGGCGGCGUUGUUGGGUCUGGACGGCUUGUUUCUCGGCUUCGAUAGCUCCACGCAGUCUCUCAAGGCCACAGCAAUUGAUUCCUCCCUUCGCGUCGUCGCUACCGAAUCACUCCAGUAUGACACAACCCUCCCCCACUACCGAACCUCCGGCGGCGUGCACCGAGCCUCCGUCGAACCCGAUUCCCGAGCCUCCUCAUCAGGCUCGGCGCUUAGAGUCACUGCACCACCAGCCAUGUGGGUACAAGCAUUUGAUGUGAUUCUAGCGAGGUUGAAAGAAGCAAAUUUUCCGUUUGAUAAAGUCCGGGCAGUUUCCGGCAGCGGGCAGCAGCACGGGAGUGUUUAUUGGCGGAGAGGAGCCCGGGCACGGCUCAGAAACCUUCAAUCUGACCGGACUCUGUUUGCUCAGCUAUGUGGGGAUGAGAGAAACAGGAAAAGGGAGGGGCUCAGCUCAAAUGGUUCAGCACAGGGUGAUUCGUUUCAAGACAAUGCAUCAUUGCAAAGUGUAUUUUCUAUUUUAGAUUCCCCAAUCUGGAUGGACAGCAGCACAGCAGUACAGUGCAGGGAAAUCGAAGCAGCCCUUGGCGGACCUGCAGCUUUGGCUCGGCUGACGGGCUCCCGAGCCUACGAGCGGUUCACCGGGCCUCAGGUUCGGCGGGUGUGGCAGCAUCAGGCUCGGGAGUAUGAGAACACAGAGAGGAUUGCUCUAGUGAGCUCGUUUGGCGCGUCGCUAUUGGUCGGAGAUUAUGCCCCCAUAGAUGCUGCUGAUGGUGCUGGGAUGAAUCUGAUGGAUCUGCGGACGAGACAGUGGGCUGACGUGGCACUAGAGGCCACAGCGCCGAACCUGCGAGAGAGGCUCGGCGAGGUGGUUCCAUCCCACCAAGUGGUUGGGAGUGUGCAUCAAUACUAUGUGGACAGGUUUGGCUUCUCCCCGAGCUGCCAAGUCGUGGCGUGGUCAGGCGACAACCCUUGCAGCCUUGCCGGUUUGGCACUGGGAGGUUCGGGCGAUGUGGGCAUCAGCCUCGGAACAAGUGACACUGUGUUUGCAGUGGUGGUGGACCCUCAACCAGGCUUGGAGGGCCACGUGUUUCCCAACCCUGUGGAUCCAUCCUCGUUUAUGGCCAUGAUCUGUUAUAAGAACGGGUCGCUCACUCGACAAGCCAUCAGGGACCGCUGUGCAGGAGGGUCGUGGGAGACAUUCUGCAAGCUGCUGAAUGAAGCUCCUCCUUUGAACGGUGGGCGAAUGGGCUUCUACUAUCUUGACCCAGAGAUCAUCCCCCCACUCCCUGUGGGGACCCAUCGGUUUUCGCCAAGGGAGGGUGGGGACGACUCACUCACUCGCCUCUCCCCUGAUCAAACCUACGAACCACCACAAGAGAUCAGAGCACUGGUGGAAGGGCAGCUGGUGUCAAUGAGAGGGCAUGCGGAGAGGAUUGGGCUGCAAAGCCCACCUGCCCGGAUCAUUGCUACGGGGGGCGGCUCGGCCAAUGAGGCGAUCCUGCGCACCAUGGCAAAUGUUUUCGGCUGCCCGGUGUACACUUCAACAUCCACAGACUCUGCCUCGUUGGGAGCGGCACUAAGAGCAGCACACGGCUACCUCUGCCACUCCCAUGGCUCCUUUCUCCCCUUCACCUCCCUCCUGGCUCAAGCCGGUGCCAGCUCAGCAAGUGCCACCUCAGCAGGUGCCACGUCAGCAGGUGCCAACUCAGCAAAUGCCUCUGCAGAAGGUACCACAUCAGCAGAAGCCCCUAGCGCUGUUUCUUUGUCCGAAGCAAUCCCUGCCGGAUCCCCGGACCUGCACGCGAGGUACGGGGAUAUGGUGGCUCGGAGAAUGGCUGUUGAGAAACAGCUUCUGGAAGAAGCUACGGGGUAA